AUGGUAAUAGAUAUAAAUUUAUUCAGACGAGAAAAAGGAGGAAAUCCUGACAAAAUAAAAGAAUCAGAAAAAAAUAGGUUUCAUGAUGAGAAAAAUGUUGAUAAAGUAAUUGAAUAUGAUGAAAAAUGGAGGAAGUGCAUAUUUAAAUUAGAAGAAUUAAAAAAAUCUAUUAAUGUAGUAAAUAAAGAAAUAGGAAAUAAAAAGAAAGCAAAUAAAAAUGCAGAUGUAGAGGAUUUAAAAAAAAAAAGUUUAAGUAUGAAAGAAGAAAUGCCACUAUUACAAAAUGAAGAAAAAUAUUUGUUAAAACAAAGAAACAUGUAUUUAAGCAAGAUUGGAAAUAUAUUAAAUAAUAAGGUUGUUGUUUCUGAUGACGAAGUAAAUAACAAAAUAAUAAAAACAUGGGGCGUAUGCAAAAAACUAGAUGUUACUAAUAGUGUAAAUGAAAAAAGAGAAGUGGAACCAAUAAAUAGUGUUGGUAAUAAAUUGAAAUAUUAUCAUCAUUUUGAUUUAUUAAAAAAAAUAGGUGGAGCUAAUUUUAAAAAGGGUGUUCAAGUUGCAGGACAUAGGGGAUAUUACUUAACAGGAGCAGGUUUUUUAUUACAUAAUGCCAUUUUACAAUAUGCAUUAAAUUUUUUAGUUAACAAACAAUAUUCUCCUGUAUAUCCACCAUUUUUUAUGAAAAAAAAUAUAAUGGAUGAAUGUGCUGAAUUAGAUGAUUUUGAAGAAACCCUUUACAAAAUAUCAUCUUCUAGUAUGGAAGAGAAUAAAAAUGAUUUAAUAAAAAAUAAUGUUUCCAAUGAAGAGUUAAGUAGAGAUGAUUUAUAUUUAAUUGCAACAUCCGAGCAACCAUUAUGUGCAUUACAUAAAGAUGAAGUAUUAGAAUCAAAAAAUUUACCAUUAAGAUAUGCUGGAUUUUCUUCUUGUUUUAGAAAAGAAGCAGGAGCUCAUGGAAAAGAUAUUAGAGGUAUUCUUCGAGUUCAUCAGUUUGAUAAGAUUGAACAAUUUUGUAUCUCUUUACCUCAUACAAGUAGUAAAAUACAUCAAGAAAUGAUGAACACAUGUGAAGAAUUUUAUCAAUCUUUAAAUAUACCAUAUAGGAUAAUAAGUAUUGUAUCAGGGGCACUUAAUAAUGCUGCGUCUAUAAAAUAUGAUUUAGAAGGUUAUUUCCCAUGUAGUGAUCAAUACAGAGAAUUAGUUUCAUGUAGCAAUUGUACUGAUUACCAAAGCAUUAAUUUAAAUAUAAAGUAUGUAGAUUCUAAUAUUAAGAUUACUGAUCUUCAAAAAACAGAGAAAGAAAAUAUCCAUGAGGAAAUUGAUAGUGAUUAUGAAAACUUCAUUCAGGAUUUUCAAACUGAAAGUAAAAAUUAUGUUCACUUAUUAAAUGGUACAAUGGUUGCUGCACAAAGAUUUUUAUGUUGUCUCCUUGAAAAUUAUCAAAAUGGAGAAGGGAUAGUUGUUCCUGAGAAAUUACGCCCAUUUAUGAAUAAUAUGGAGUUUAUUCCUUUUGUAGAAUAA